AUGUUUGGCAACCAACUCCGCUUGCUGCUCGUCGAGUUGCCUGACUCUCAACACUCUCAGGGAGCAGCCCAGCGUGACAGGCCAGGACCAAUAGAGUGGCAAAAGCAGGUACUGUACCUGCACGUCGUUGGCCCGACCCCCGAGAGUCGCGAGCUCAACGACCACCGCCGCCGCCGCCAUCGACGUCAAACUCUAAGAGGCUGCUCCCGCUCAACGCGCGUCCCCCUUGCCCAGACCACUGAGACCACCCUCGUUGUCCAGCGUUUGUUCCUGGAUCCUACCACACCAAGAAUCAACUACCAUCAAAUCACACUCGCCAUCAAGAUGCAGUUUAAGUCUCUCGCUGUCUUCGCCCUCUCUGCUGGAGCCCUCGCUGCUCCCGAGAAGAGACAGGCCACUGAUGCCAACCUUGCUUCCAUCAUUGAGGUCCUCCAGACUGCUGUUCCUACCUCUCUUGCCCUCGAGUUCCUCACCAACUCUGCUGGUGUCUACUCUUCCGUCGCAGCUGAAUUGGCCGCCAGCUCCACUCCUUCCUGGAUCGCCGGCCUCCCUACCGACGUAAAGUCGUACCUUGUCGGUGCUGCCGAGUCUCCCUCUGCAGUUAGCUCGGCCAUUGCAAACGCCACCUCUGCUGCUGCUGCUUCCGUCACAUCUGCCCCAGUCAUCAUCGCAAACAACGGCACUGCUGUCGCCAACCAGACUGCCCCUGCUGUCGUCGCCCAGAAUGGCACAGCUCUCAUUAACGGCACUGUCCCUGCUACCAUUGCACAGAACGGUACCGCUAUCGUCAACGGCACCGCUCUCGGAAACGGAACCGUCAUUGUCAAUGGCACUGCUAUCGCCAACGGUACUGCUAUUGUGACCGGAACUUCAUCUCGCACUGGCUCUGCUGGUUCUUCUUCUACUAGCAGCUCUGGCUCUGGCUCUGGCUCUGGUGCUGGCUCAAGCUCUCGUGGCUCUGGUUCCAGCGCUGGUGCUUCUUCCACUUCCACUGGAGGCGCAUCUCUCCCCACAGCUUUCGGCAUGGGUCUCGCUGGUGCCGUCGGUCUCGUUGGUGUCUUCGUUCUCUAA